AUGGUCACAAUCACCAAGCAGGCCGACCGCCAUACCAUCUACAACGGCCGCCCCCAGCCCGCCAGUGAUUCCCCCGCCUCCAUUCCCUCCAUCGAUCCCUCCACCGCUCGUCCCGUCUGCAACGUGCACACCUCCUCCAAGACCUCCAUCGACGCCGCUAUUCGUUCCGCACAAGCCGCUUUCCCCUCAUGGGCGGCGACGCCACCUCUUGAGCGCUCGCGUAUCUUGCAACGUGCCGUCUCACUGCUUCGCACGAGAAACGAUGAACUCGCCCGCACUGAGACGCUCGACACGGGCAAGCCCUUCUCCGAGACGCAGGCUGUCGACGUUGUCACAGGCGCCGACGUCCUCGAAUUCUAUGCCAACCUCGCUGCCGCUGGUGGUCUUGCAGGCGAGGCCUUCCGUUUGAGGCCCUCGGCCCUCGUGUACACGGCCAAGGAGCCCCUCGGCGUGUGCGCUGCCAUUGGAGCUUGGAACUAUCCCAUCCAGAUUGCUCUGUGGAAGUCGGCCCCUGCUCUCGCUGCUGGCAACUGUCUCGUCUACAAGCCGUCCGAGUUUACGCCUCUGCACGCCGAGCCUCUCGCCGCUCUCUUCGCUGAGGCGGGCGUGCCGCCCGGUGUCUUCAACGUUGUCUACGGUGCCGGCGAGGUCGGUGCUGCCCUGACGGCCCACCCCGCCAUUGCAAAGGUCAGCUUCACCGGCCAGGUAUCCACCGGCAAGAAGGUCGCCGGUGCCGCGGCCGGCAGCAUGAAGUACGCCACGAUGGAGCUCGGCGGCAAGUCACCUCUUGUCGUGCUUCCCGACGCCGACCCGGCCAAGGCUGCCGACGUCGCCAUGCUCGCCAACUUUUUCUCCUCUGGCCAGGUCUGCACCAACGGCACGCGUGUGUUCGUGCCCAAGGCCAUGAAGCCCGCAUUUGAGGCCUCGCUCAAGGAGAAGAUGCCCCAUGUUCGCGCAGGCGACCUCUUCGACCCUGCCACGAACUUUGGUCCCCUCAGCAGCGGCCCUCACCGGGAGAAGGUCCUUUCAUACAUUCGCGCUGGUAUCAACGACGACAGGCCACACUGCUCGCCGGUGGCGCCGACCCCAUUCCCAGCAGCGAGCUUCCCGCGGGCCUCAAGAACGGCUACUGGGUCCGCCCCCACUGUCUUCACCGACUGCACCGACGACAUGCUCAUCACGCGCGAGGAGAUUUUCGGGACCCGUCAUGACCAUCCUGUACUACUCGACCGUCGACGAGGCUGUCACCCGCGCCAACACGACCGAGCUCGGCUUGGCCGCUGGCGUUGUCGGCAAGGAUAUCAACCUCUGCCACGAUGUUGUCGCGCGCCUCGAGGCCGGCAUCACCUGGAUCAACACAUGGGCGAGUCGCCCGCCGAAAUGUCCGUAGCGGCUGGAAGCAGAGCGGUCUCGCGUCGAGACGGAAAGAAGGGUCUCGAGGCCUGGGUGCGCAACAAGAGCACGCUUGUGGACAUGAGCGGCGAGGUCGGCACGCCCUUUACCAAGCUGUAG